AUGGCCGACCGCGACUACGAGGCUAACGAAGCUCUCGAUCCCGAGCUUCUCUACACCAAGGAAUAUUGCAUCGGCGGGGGCAGUUUUGGCAAGGUUUACAAGGGUGUCGACAAGAAGAGUGGUCAGGCGGUUGCCAUCAAGGUCAUUGACAUAGAAAAUGCCGAGGACGAGGUUGAGGACAUCGUCCAAGAGAUAGCCAUCUUGUCCGAGCUGCAGUCGCCCUACGUCACAAAGUACUAUGGCUCCUACGCCAAGGGCGCCGAAUUGUGGAUCGUCAUGGAGUUCUGCUCUGGUGGAAGCUGUGCCGACCUCAUGAAGCCCGGCCACAUUGGCGAGGAUUACAUUGCCAUUAUUGUGAGAGAACUGCUCCUCGGCUUGGAAUACCUCCAUUGCGACAAGAAAUUGCACAGGGAUGUAAAGGCUGCCAAUGUCCUGCUUGGCUCCAAUGGCCAGGUCAAGCUUGCCGACUUUGGUGUGUCGGGUCAGCUUUCUGCCACCAUGACCAAGAAGAACACAUUUGUUGGCACCCCUUUCUGGAUGGCACCCGAGGUCAUCAAGCAGUCGGGCUACGACCACAAGGCAGACAUUUGGUCCCUUGGUAUCACAGCCCUGGAGCUCGCCAAUGGGGAGCCGCCCUACGCAGAUAUCCACCCCAUGAAAGUCCUCUUCUUGAUCCCAAAGAACCCCCCGCCCAGGCUCGACGGCAACUUCACUAAGGCGUUCAAAGACUUCAUUGAACUCUGUCUACAGCGGGACCCCAAGGAGAGGCCCUCGGCCAAGGAUCUGCUCAAGCACCCCUUUAUCCGGAAAGCCAAAAAAACAUCUUAUCUGACCGAGUUGAUCGAGCGCCAUAGUAGGUGGAAGGCUACCCACAAGUCUGAAGACGAGGAAGAGCUUGAUGGGGCUGACGACAUACGCGAGCGCGAACCUGUUAAUGAGGACAUGUGGGACUUUGGUACUGUUCGGCUCGUCAGCGAAAGAGGUGGAAAGGUAACUCGCCCUGGUCUUUUCCCAAUGGACGAAUCGACUAGGAACUCGAGAGCACUAAGGCCGCUCGAGGAAGACUACGGCGAGAGAACUAGAAGUCUUUCGCCAACAAAGAAUCAGGAGUCGUCCAGCUCGUCCGUGCCCGCCACUACUCUCAAGCCCCCAAACAACACAUCUUCGACCGGAACAGCAAGGCAGCCAUCGCCCCAGCGAAAGCCCGUCUCUGGCCUGGCGCCUCUGUCGUCGCCAACAAAGGUGCCUCUGCCAGCUUCUCCUACAAAGCUAUCACAGGAUUCCUCUACGCCCAGGCCAAUUUCGAAGCAGGUGCCUCCGCCGCCGACCAUGGCAUCACCCGACUUUGACAGGGCAUUGAAGGAGCAACUCCAACAUGACAUGUCACAGCUGAAUAUUACGCCCGUAGCCCAGCCACAGUUCAACCACCCAGCGCCGGCCUUGUCCCCUAGGGGCUCACAAGCCCAAUUGCAUCAGCACCAACGGGUUGCAUCCAAGCCGGGCCCUCUAAACCUGGCCGAUAUUCCACCCUUUCGUGGUGCUCCUCCUCAGAUGCUUCCACAAAAAGUCACAAAUCAGCAGGGAAUGUUUCAACAAGCUGGCUUUCCGUCCAAGGCGCAACCGAGACAAGCACCGCUCUUCACUCCGGAUUCCUUCCCGUCACCUGCAGCCACGAAUCCCAACGCCGAGCUCGACGCCUUGAACGAUGUCAUAUUCCCAGCGCUUGAGGAAGCCCUCAAGCGACGGCAAAUCAGACUUCAGCAAGUAUACCGAAAUGAAAAGGUCGUCACCCCGCAACGGCAGCGCGCAGAGGCGGCUCAGGACAGGAUACGAAAGCACGUCUAUAAGUUAGCGAAUGUGUGCAAAGAGAUCGACCGUCUCGACAAGAGCGAACCUGUGGGCAUGGGCCGAGAGGUUGGCACCUUUCUAGAGGGCUUGUUAGAGGAGAUACUGGUGAGAGUAGAGCCCCUGGAUGAAGAUGACUCGGCAGAACCGCGCGCUUGA